GCAAAUCCAAGAGCAAGCAGAGUGCUCGUCCUGUCACCACCAUCAACUCUGCACCAAGCAGGGCAGACACACCUCCCCGUAUUGCUCCGUUCGCGACAAUCACCAAUUGCUGGGACGACAACCUUUUUCUUUUUCGCGUCGCAUCCAUCGAUGCAUCUGUCGCCAUCAAUCAUCCAUCACGAGCUCAGCUUACCUCAACCAACUGCAAGUUCCAAGCGAUUGCCCAUUCACGACCACCUCUGCCUCAUCCCAUGUCCAAGAGGCCGCAGUUGUGAAUUUCCCACUUACACCGACUCUGUAUACCCCAUUUGAUCGCUCAUGCCGCCUAUGAAUUGAUGAGACCUGAGCGAACAACUCUCGAGUCUUGAUAUCAACGACACACGUUACCCUUGUUGUACCAUUGUACCAUCAAACUUUGGCCUUUCGCGUCAUCCCAUCCCAUCGAAAGAGGAACCGUCAAGAUGCCCUCAAAGCGCAAACGCGAUCCCCUCGACGGAUUCGACCCUAACAAAUCGGAUUCGGAAGACGAGAACUUUGAUCCAACAGAGGACGCACCAGCACCACGACGAAGCGCCAAGAAGUCGCGGUCGACGAGGACCAAGAAAACAGGAGGAGGCGCUCGCGGCAAGCGAUCCAACAGGUACAGAGGGUCCGAUAUUGAAGACGAUGAUGAGCUCGAGGAUAGCGACCUGGAAGAUUCCUUCGCCGACGAUGACCAUGAUGACCACGAAGACGAGUCCGACGAAGAUUUGCCCACUAAUGCCGCCGGUCGCCGCGCGAGGAAGGCUGCGGUGAAGCACCAAUCCUACAGAGAAAGCAGCGCUGAAGAGGAGGAGGAGAUCAAGGAAUCCGGUGACAGUGCCAGCGAGCUGGAGAAAACCCCAAAGAAAUCGGCCAAUAAACCAUCAAGAAUUGUUGUGCUCAAGACAGCACAAGCACAACGAUCAUCCAAGCGUGGAAAGGAGGAGCCACCAUCAAAGCCACCGCCGGCACCUGCUCAUCCAACGCGCCGAACUCGCGCCCGUACCGAGGAGGUCGAGGAGCCACUGUUUGAGCUGACCAACUCUGGGAGACACGCACAGCCAGCUCGGGGAGCCUCUAGGAGCAAGAGCCCAGAAGCAUUGGCUCGUGCGACUCGCGGAAACCGCGGAGCUGGCAAAGGCCUCAAACAGCCACCCCAGCCCACCAUCGAGGAAGCAACGCAAGAAAGCGAGUCCAAGGACGAGGAACCUGCCGCGGCUAUGGAAGGAGAGGAGGCAGAGUCCGUGACUAAGGGUCGGGGAGAGGAACCAUCUCCAGUUCGUGGUGAUGUCGAGCCAGAAGUCCCAGAAGCCCAGCCAGAAGAUGAAGAUGCUCCGAUGGAAGAUCAACCUGCAGAGGCCGCCGAAUCUGCCGCGCCAUCCGCACCAGCCGAUGAUGAAGAUGACGAUGAUGACGAUGUUCCAAUCACCAGAAGGACACGCGGUGCGCGAGCAGCUGCGUCACAGCCCGCCGAGGAGGCUGCGGAACCAGAACCGGAGACCGUCGGAGGGAGUCGCCGUCUUACACGAAAAUCGCGCCUUCGUGGAAAGAAAAGUUUGCAAGAGCCUAGUAGCGACUUCGAACCUGGUGAAGAAUCUGCCGAUCACAUGUCUGCGUCAGAGGCUCCUAAUGAGGAGGCACCCAAUGAGGAUGAUGAGUCCACUCCCACACCUCGUCGUGGUCGCGGCUCUAGAGCUGCGAGUCGACGGAGCCGUCGCAACCAGCGAGAUUCCGGGGACGAAGAAAUCGAACUCGACAAGGAUGAGAUGGCCGAAGAGCUGGAGGAGCUGCGUGAAAGUAGUAGAUCACGGCCCCGCCGAACUCGUCGCAGAUCACCGUCUAUCCAGUAUGAGGAACGGGAAACCAAGAAGCGUCGCACAAAGCCGGUCAACUACAGCAUACCUGCCAUCGACCCUGCUGCUUUCGAGGUUGAGGAUGAUGAUGCCGAGCCAGCUGCCACGCCUGCCAGAAACCGCAGAGGUGGCAAGAGCGGCGGCACUCAAGCCUGGGAGCGUGCUCUCAACACUACGUUUGGUCCGUUCGGCGGUGGUGGUGGGGCUGGUUCCCUACUCAACGGACCAUGGGGCACUGGAGCUACCGGUGGUGUAGACUCUGACAGUAGUGACGACGAGAUGAACAUGCGCUCUGGCGUUGGCGGUACCGUCGGCAUGACGCCUACCUCUGCCGCGCCACCAGUCGGUCUCUUCAACCCUCUCGGUUCCCAUAAUGAUGGGCCUGGAGGUAUUGGGGGCGCGACUCCCCAAGUCGGCAAGGUCAAGAAUCAAAAGGCGUUUGCUGACGCCGAUCCUCUCGGUGUUGAUAUGAACGUCGACUUUAGCAAAGUUGGCGGCUUGCAGGGUCAUAUCGACCAGCUGAAGGAGAUGGUUACGCUUCCGCUGCUGUAUCCUGAGCUCUUUACCAGGUUCCACGUCACGCCACCUAGAGGUGUGCUGUUUCAUGGUCCGCCUGGCACUGGUAAGACGCUCCUUGCCAGAGCGCUUGCCAACUCUGUCGGUCAUGGAGGCCGCAAGAUCAGCUUCUACAUGCGAAAAGGUGCUGACGCCCUCAGCAAGUGGGUGGGUGAGGCCGAGAAGCAACUUCGGUUGCUGUUUGAGGAGGCGAGGAGGACCCAACCCAGCAUCAUCUUCUUUGAUGAAAUCGACGGUCUCGCGCCCGUGCGGUCCAGCAAGCAGGAGCAGAUCCAUGCCAGUAUCGUGUCGACGUUGUUGGCGCUGAUGGAUGGUAUGGAUGGUCGUGGUCAGGUUAUCGUUAUUGGUGCGACCAAUCGACCAGACAACAUCGACCCUGCUCUUCGCCGACCGGGUCGCUUCGACAGAGAAUUUUACUUUCCUCUGCCUGAUUUGGAAGGCAGACUUUCCAUCCUGGACAUUCACACCAAGGACUGGGGUCUGUCUCCGCAGUUCAUGAGGGCGUUGGCGGAAAACACCAAGGGUUACGGAGGUGCUGAUCUGAGAGCGCUCUGCACCGAGGCUGCGCUGAAUGCCAUCCAGAGGACCUACCCGCAAAUCUACUCGUCCAAGGAGAAGCUUGUUGUCGACCCUUCCAAGAUUACGAUUUCGGCGACGGACUUUAUGAUUUCGGUCAAGAAGAUGAUUCCCUCGUCUGAGAGGUCGACUUCGUCGUCGGCGGUGCCGCUCCCGAGGACGAUUGAGCCGUUGCUGAGGAACCAGCACAAGGCUUUGAUUGGGGUGUUGGAUAAUAUUCUGCCGCGGGAGAAGAAGAUCACUGCGUUGGAGGAGGCCAUGUAUGAGCCUUAUGCCGAUGCGGAUACUGGUUUUGCGCGGGAGGCGGCGCAUGCUGAGUUUGGAAGGUCGAGAGUUUUCAGGCCGAGGUUGUUGAUUUCGGGGCUGCCGGGGAUGGGGCAGAAUUAUUUGGCGGCUGCCAUGUUGCAUCAUUUGGAGGGGGUUCAUGUUGAGAAUAUGGAUGUGUCGAGCUUACUUGGGGAUGGAAGGCCUGUUGAGCAAGUGAUUGCCAGCCGAUUUGUCGAGGUCAAGAGGCACAAACCAGCGGUUAUCUUCAUUCCUAAUGUUGAUCUCUGGUUCCGCAGCAUACCGGAGGUGGCUGUUGAGAUGUUCAAGACUCUUAUCAUGCGCAUCCCGCCGUCGGACCCGGUUCUGUUGUUGGGCACUGCCGAGUGCACUCCUGAGUUACUUGAUCCAGAGCUUUUGGUCAAGCUGUUUGGGUUCUCCAAGAAAAAUCGGGCCGUGAUUGAGCCUCCUGAGAGAUCAUACCGCCUCGAGUUCUUUGAGAACUUGCUUGUUCACCUGAGGAAGUCGCCGCACGAGUUCCCCGACCCUGCCAACCGCAAGAAGCGGGUUAUUGAAGAGCUCCCUGUUGCCCCCCCUCCACCACCGAGGACCCUCACCAAGGAAGAGAUCAAAGCUCAGCGCAAGGCUGACUUGCACCACCUUAAUCUUUUGAAAAUGCGGUUGCAACCGAUUAUGGAUCAGAUUCACCGCAAGUAUCGGAAGUUUAGGCAGCCGGUCAUUCCCCUUCAGCAGAUUGCGUAUCUGUUUGAUGAGCAGGAUCCCAACUUUGUCCGGCCUGAUCUUGCCGAGGGCGAGCACAGGCCGUAUGAGAUUGCACGGGACAAGGAGGGCACUGAGGGCAUCAGGGACACGGCCACGGGCAAGUUUUUUUACAAUUUGGAGACCACCACCAUCGAGGAGAGGCUUGCCAAUGGGUAUUAUGCCCGGCCGCAUGAUUUCUACAAGGACAUCAACAGGCUUUAUCUGGAUGCGAAGAAUAUUGGUGACAAGGACAGGACACUCAAGGCCAAUGAGCUGAGGACUAACGUCGAGGUGGAUGUGCAUGAUAUCAGCACCUCGCUGGCGAAUCAGGGGAUCAGGUUUGACGAGAUUUACGAGAGGCAGCUACAGAGGGUCAGGGAGGCGGAGGAGAAGGCUAGGAAAAGGAAGGUUGUUCACUCGGUUAUUGAUCUGAUCCAGUCGGAUAUUCCAGGUGAUGGGGAUAGUGACUCUCAGGGGCCCGUGGGCAUUGGUUUGCCGCUUUCGCGCAAUGCGGGGACGACGGCGGCGAGGUUCCAGCCGAUUUUGAGUCCGCCUUCUAGGGGCCAUGGGGAUUCGACGCAGUCGAGGCCGUUGACGAACGGCACGCCGGCGUCGAAGGUGGGUGAUGGGGAUGUGCAGAUGGGUGGGAUGGAUGAGGAUACUCAGCCGUUGACUGGGAGGGAUUUGAUUUCGCCGCUGCAGUGGCCCAUACCUAGGAAUGUUGGGGGUCCGCUGGGUGAUUCGGCGAGAGCAACGGCGGGGAAUAUGUCGCAGCGGUCUGCUAUCACCUCUGUUCCGCCGGGUAUGUCACCGUCGGCAUUAUUGAAUGAUGCUUCGACGACCAAGACGUCGGACCCGUCGACAAACCACUCCAACAACUGGAGCACACAACACACCAACGGCACUACGGGGCAGAACAACCCUGACGAGACGUCCCAGCUGGAAGACACGCAGUCUCAAAGCAUCCACCCAAGCGGGUUCCUGGCUGGACAAAGCCACAGCCAAGGCUCAUCAUCAAGCAGCCAAGCCUGGGCGCACUCCCAGGCAGCGGGCAUAGCACAAGGGAUUCUCCAACCUAGGGGUGGCGUCCCGCAGGUCACAGCUCAACGAACGCCCUCCCAUCCCUUGUCCAACGUCAACCGUGUCACCAUUUCAGAACAAGGCUCCCCGACCUCGUCGCAAAAACCCGCGCCAAAGGCCGCGGCAGCACCUUUGGCAAACAUUCUCAACGACGAGAAUGCCUCCUCUAGCGGUGGCAAACCCUCCCAAAACACCCCUUCGACGACAACAACAACCACUUCCGGACCCCUUACCGUCAUCUCGGGUGUUCCCACCCCGGGAUCGAAGGGAUCUCACCACUCAUCUCAGCAACCUGUCCUGCACGAGGGUCGGCUGUCAGAAUUUCUGGAUAUUCUGGCGGACAGGACAGCGGGGUGUUCGAUUGAACAGCUGGAGCAGAUUUACCGGGAGCUGAUGGAUGAGAUUUGGCAGAGCAGGCACGACUGGAACAGGAUGGCGGUGCUGAGCCGGGUGGCGGGGGUGUUUAAUGAUGCGAUUGGGGAUAUCGAGUUUGUGCAGGGGGUUCUGGUGGAGGAGGAGAGGGAUGAGGAGGAGGAGGAGGAGAAGAGGAAGGGGAAGGAGAAGGUUUUGGAGAGUGUGGAGGGCGGUGGGAGGCCAAGUCAGGGGAGUUCGCAAGGACGAGGGGGGGAUGGGUUUUGGGCUGGGUUGGGGUUGGUGGGGAAUACGAGGGGUGAGAAGGAGCAGGAGGGGUGGUUUUAUUUGCGGUGA